AGAAAACACAAAUAUGGCCGCGUUUGAGGCGGCGGCAGCCCAGUGCAGUGUGUUGCCUCUUUACGGUUCUCAUGGUGUUUAUAAGUCCCGCCUCCUGCCUUCAGCUCUGACACUUUGAGACAAACAGAGACACAGAAACAUGGCGGAAGAAGCUCCAGCAGCUGCACCAGCUAAAGCCCCGGCCAAAGCCCCGAAGAAGAAGGGCUCCCGGCCCACGAGGGACGGACCCAGCCUCCCGAAGCUGAUCGUCGACGCUGUGGCCGAGUCCAAGGAGCGGAAGGGGAUCUCACUGGCUGCCAUCAAGAAGGUGCUGGCGAGUAAUGGGUUGGAUGUGGUCAAGGCUAACAAACGCAUCAACACCGCUGUCACCAAGCUGGUCACCAAGGGGGUUCUGACCCAGACUAAGGGCACCGGGGCCUCCGGUUCCUUCAAACUCGCCAAGAAGGAGCCCAAAGUCUCCAAACCGGCCAAGAAGGAGACCAAGAAGAAGGCUCCCGUCAAAGCCAAGAAACCCCCCGCUGCUAAGAAAGCUGUCGCUGCCAAGAAGUCCUCGAAGAAGAUAGCAGCAGCUAAGAAGACAGUGUCCAAGACGUCCCCGAAGAAGGCGGCGGCCAAGAAAGCUGUCAAGAAGACUCUGAAGAAGAACCCCAAGAAGUCCGCCGCUAAGAAGCCCAAACCUGCAGUUAAGAAGCCCAAACCUGCAGCUAAGAAGCCCGCAGCAAAGAAAAGUGCAGCCAAGAAGCCUGCAGCUAAGAAAGCUGCCAAGAAGUGAAGCUGCUUCAUCUCCACUCACUCAUCAGCAAAGGCUCUUUUCAGAGCCACCACAGCCUCCUCUGAAGAGCUGCUGCCUCCCUCAUCACUGCAUCAACACUCAACAUCACUGCUCACAUUUUACAGCUCGACAACAUGGAAACA